AUGGCUGAAAAUAUAGACCCAAUCGCGGUGGACCCGGAUUUCUACUCUAUGGGCACUGCCUAUGACGCGGAUCUGCAGGACUUUCAGUCGGAGACCACCUCUAUUGCGUCCACGAUCGCGAGGGGAAGGCUAGAAAACGGUCGAAGAUACCAGGCCACUAAAGAAGAUGACUACUGGGGUCCUUCUGACGAGCAGCAGUUCGAGGCGUUUGAAAUUGGCCACAUGGUGUUUCUCGUGCUAGACCACAACCAGCCGAAUCCUCUUUUCCGCGCCCCCAUAGGUGAUUCGCCUAAGAAUAUUUUGGACAUCGGAACUGGUCAAGGGAGUUGGGCAAUCGAUGUUGCCGAUCUCUAUCCGGCAGCUGCCGUCCGCGGCGUGGAUAUCUUCCCACCACCCGUGUCAUGGACGCCCCCGAACUGCGUCUUCGAAGUGGAUGAUGUGCUUCGCGAGUGGACAUGGAGAGAGCCGUUUGACUUUAUCCAUAUGCGCCUAAUGUAUGGUGCCUUCCCCCUGAGGGUUGGGACCAACUAUACAAACAGGCCUACCGGUGAGUUUCAGUCCUCACUACUCGAUCUUCUGGGUAAUCAAGCCCUCAUGUCUUGUUACGUUCGCUAUAGCGCCCUCGAACCCGGUGGUUGGAUCGAGCAGAUGGAAUUUGACGUGCGAGUCCGCAGCGAUGACGGUACUUUGAAGGAAGAACACCAGCUAUGGGGGUGGGGUGACAUGUUCAUUAGAUGCGCCGAGCGAGCCGGACGGUCUCUCGAAACUCAUCAAACGAUGCGCAGCGCAAUUGAGAAAGCCGGGUUUGUGGACGUGCAUGAGGAAAAGUACAAGAUACCCUUAGGACCUUGGCCUAAGGAUAAGUUACUGAAGGAGGUCGGACACCUCCAGUAUGCCCACUGGAAUGCCGCUCUAGAGGGUUGGGCGAUGUGGCUUCUCACCCACUUUGGGGAGCCUGUGCCGUGGAUGAAGGAGGAGGUGCAGGUGUUCCUGGCUAAAGUGCGGGUGGAGCUGAAGGAUCCGCACAUUCACGCCUAUAACCCUGCGAAGCGCGUGUGGGCAAGAAAACCUACCAAGGAGGAAUUGAAAGCGAUGGAGGCAAAUUUCGAAGUCGAGACAUCGCCGUAA